CGCAGCUCCGUAUAUAAAGGCGGAGGACCGGAGAAGACGGACGGCUGGGGAGCAACAGCCCUGGGACUGUGAAUAAGACCGUAAACCGCUGUGUUUUUAUUUCCAAUAACUUUAAUCGGCAACUUUUAAAAGCGUUUUAGAUGUUUCCGUUCUUUUUUUAAAUGCUUUUUGGGGUUCUUGCUUGAUACUCGCGGUGUGUUUUUCCGCUCAUAAUGGCGAGCUCGGCUAACUCGAACCAAGUGCCUAAACUGUAUCAGACAGUGAUGGAUGACGUCAUCAGUGAAGUCCGAGAGCUUUUCCUGGACGAGGGAGUGGAUGAACAGGUGCUGAUGGAGCUGAAAACGCUGUGGGAGAACAAGCUGAUGCAGUCCAAGGCAGUGGAGGGUUUUCAUACGGAGGAGCAGCAGGCUCUGCAAGCUCAACAGCAGCAAGCCCAACCAGCUCAGCAGACGCAAACACAGUCCCAACCACAGCAAAUCCUCCUGCCUCCAGCCCAGCAGGGUACUCAGCAGCAGGUCAUUGUUCAGGAUCCUAAGGUUCUCCACCACAUGAAUGCUACAGGAAUGAGUGCAGCAGCCACAGCAGCAACUUUGGCUUUACCCACAGGUGUAGCACCGUUUUCGCAGUUUAUCACCCAUCAAGGUCAGCUCCUGCAGGUGUACAGAGCUGCCAAUGGAGCUCAAUACCUCAUUCAGCCCCAGCAGCAGAUGGUGCUGCAGCAGCAGGUCCUGCCACACAUGCAGCCUGGAGGCGUGCAGGCCCCCGUCAUACAGCAGGUGUUGACUCCACUUCAGGGAGGUCUUCCCCAGCAGACCGGAGUCAUCAUCCAGCCGCAGCAGAUUGUCCUCACAGGAAAUAAAGUACAGCAGAACACUCAGGUCAUGCAGGCAACAGCGAUGACUGUGCAGCCGGAGCAGGGAGCUGCGCAUGUGCAGGCUCAACCGCAGCCACAGCCUCAACCACAGGCACCACAGCAACAGCCACCGCAGACACAGGCCUCACAGCAACCUCCCAUGGUGCUCCAGGUGGACGGUGCAGGAGACACGUCCUCGGAGGAGGAUGAGGAGGAGGAGGACGAGUAUGAUGAAGAUGAGGAUGAAGACAAAGAGAAAGAUGGUGGGGAGGAUGGCCAAGUGGAGGAGGAGCCGUUAAACAGUGGCGAUGACGUCAGUGAUGAGGAAGAUCAGGAGCUGUUCGACACGGAGAACGUGGUGGUCUGCCAGUAUGACAAGAUUCACAGAAGUAAGAACAAAUGGAAAUUUCACCUGAAAGAUGGGAUAAUGAAUCUGAACGGGCGGGAUUACGUGUUCUCCAAAGCCAUUGGAGAUGCAGAGUGGUAAAUGGUGAAGAAAACCCAAAACUGUCCACUCUUGAGGCAAGACCCAUCAAGACCUGAAACUGAACAUGUCAGGAGAUUCCCAGUUUGGGGGCUGAAGAGUAACGUCCCAGUGCUACUGUGCUGUUUGAGUGAUAUCGGCACGAAGAUAACGUGCCAUCCAAGAGAUUUGUUUCUAUUUUCCCCUCCUUUUAAAAUGGCCCUUUUACCUGUAGAGUUCCACAGGAGUCCAUAACUGCUCUUUUAGAAUAAUUUUCUUGCCCCUCAGAUGUAUGAAAAAAAUAUUAAGCACAGGGAGCCCAUUUUAGCGCCUGGCGCUAACUUAAGUUGACUCUGGUGUGUUGAGAUGGCCUUUUUACUGCAACCGCGCGUGUUUGUUGGUGAUUUCCGUAGCUAGGUCAGUCAUCAUAAUCCUGUGUAAAGCGAAUCGUCCGACACGAGGACUUUCAUCACCAUUUGCCACCUCAUACAAACACUAAAACAAGCAACCAAGAACUGUUCCAAUAAAUUCCUUUCAUAUUUAUGUUUUUAGGACUUUGUAUGUUCAACAGCAGAGAUGCCAAUGAAAACAGGCAAGUUAAGUGUAACAUUGUCGAUCUCACUAAAUUGUUAAAGUGGAUUUUUUCUAACUGUACUCUAGCUAAAGAUCUGCUCUGUCGGUAUGAUGCAUGUUUUUGGGCAGUGCAUCACAGAGCUUGCGUCGUCUUGCGUGUGUUUGUGUGCAAUUAUUGCG